GGCCCGGAAGCGGGGCAGGACCAGGCGGGCACCCAGAACCAGCAGCCCCAGAACCAGCAGCCCCAGCCCCAGCCCCAGACGGCGGCAAUGCACCGGGAAAACUGGAGGUACUGAGCACCAGACCAGCAGAGCAUCAGCGGCACUGUCCCACACGCCAGCAGACCCCGUAAGCAGGACUGGCCACCGUCUGUGCGGGAAAACGUUAAUUCCUUCAACUGUGAAAGAUUGUGGAGGCUACCAGCAUUUGAAUGACGGGGCUUUGGAACGAGUCUGAAAGAAAGAUGUCUGAAUUGCAUUUUGCUCUAGAAAAUCAAAAAUCCUUUUAGGAAAAAUCUGUAAAUGAUCAAAGAAGAUCUGUCGGCCACCAGCAGAUGUCCAGUCAGUUUGGGAGCCAUAGUUUAACCUCAAGAUCUAAACAGGGUGUUGCCAUGCAGGAGAAGAAUAGAAGAUAUUCCAUCCCAACCUCCGGUAAUUUGUCAAGAGUGGAACGACCACAAAGACUGAAUGCCAAAGGAACAGACUCCCUGACUAAUGAACCAAUCCGGCCUUUCUCACCGCCUUCGGUUUCUCAAACAUACAGACCCUCUGGUAGAUUUGAUCUGCAGGUGACGAGGCCCAGCAUUUCACCCACGCCGCCUCCCAACAACAAUGAGAUUGACAGACCGAGCAGUCGAAGGUGCCUGUCCACUCCAAAACACAAUACUUGUCUGGAUACUUCUACUUUCUCUCAACAUUUGCCAAAAAGAGAGACCAUGCUAAGCAUUCAAGAUGUGAAGUUGUGCAAACAUACAUCAUUAGGCCAACUUUCCAAUGGAUGCCACACCUCUGCUGACUUUAGUACGGAACCCCUGCAUAGAAAAGAAAUGCUCCCUUGCAUAUCAGAAUACUGGGCAUCCAGAAUUCCUGAUUAUUUUAAAGCAUUUAGAGAUCGGACUUUGCCGGACUGGGAUCCUGAUGAGGAAUAUCAGGCCUUGCUUGACUUCACUUAUCCCUUAAGACCAUUGAAUUUUACCUCCAAGGACUUGUUAGAUGGUGAAGAUCUGUCCUGUGGGUCAUGUUUUAAGGAUCCGGGCAUUGUAGCUGAUGGGUCUUUGUUGUCCCCUGCCAAUACACUAACAUCAAAGAGUACGUUGACCUUGCCUGCUUACCAGACCAGCAGCAGUGACAUUGCUAAUCCAUCCUGGGCCUACAACAACCUCAGAGAAUCUGUUGCUGCUCCUCGACGCUCCUCCAGUCCUUUGCCUUCAUGUAAUCAGCCUUCCAAUUUGACUUCUCCUCUGACUUUAAAAGCACGACUAUCUACCAAAUCUUUUUUGGAACAUUCCAGAAUCAAUAAAGCACAACUUUCUGACAGUUUGAUUAACAGUACAAUCACAUCUGAUUGCACAUUGACCAAUUCUAUUACCGAUUCUGGUUUUCUGUCCAAGAACUCAAGUGAAGAAUUUACCAACCACUUAAUAUCUGGAGACGACUCCACCAGCUUCUUGUCCACUGCACAGAUUCUUCCCUUAAAUAAAGAAUGGGGGAGCGAUGAGGAAUACCUGAGCCUUCCAUAUAAGCUUAAUGAGCUCGAGGAUUUAGCUCGGCAAUUGGAGAAUCUCUCUGCUCAUUUGGAUGAGUCGGCCGAUGUGACCGGAGUAAAUGUGACAACGAGGGACGUGGACGUUCACGAUGGAGGCGCUCAGGACAUCCUCUCUGACCUUGGCGGCAGCAGCCGUGACCUCACUCAGUUGUAUCGCCAACAAGGAAGUGAGCCCAUAAACACAUGUGACUAUUCAGAGAGUGAAGAUGCAGUCAUGGAAUUGAAAAAGGCCACAGACUUUAUAAGGAAGCUUGGCCGGUGGCCUGGCUCACGGUUGACUAAUCAGCAAUUCCCACAAGUCACUGAGGAGAAGCAAAAUGGUGACUGCCUUCUCAUCCAUAUACAGAACUUCAGCACCAAGCUGGAAGAAAUGGUGCAGUGGUUGUAUAAAGUUGCAGAGACCACAGACAACUGGACCCCACCACAGCCUGAGAUGGAAAGCAUAAAGUCCUCUCUGGAUGUGUGUAUGGCUUUUAAGAAUGAUGUUAAUGAACACAGAGAGCUGACUGAAUCCGUAUUAAAAUCUGGAGAAAUUCUGCUCAAGUCAGUGAUCGAUACCACCCCAGUUCUUAAGGAGACACUUGAUUUGAUAGCAAGACAAUCCAAGAAACUCAAUGGACAUGCUGCACAUCUGUACUCGUCUGUUCUCACAGCCAUGAAUAUGGUCAAAGAUGACCUGGAAACCAAGCAACGUGAACUUGAAGCUGCUGGCUUGGAGAGGCAGUUGUCACCGACUGAAGAUUGCAAGUGGCUUUGAGGAACAUCAUGUCUGAAAUCACAUGAACUUAGAUCAUCCAAAUUAAAAUAGUGAGCAGUGAGAUGUUGAAGCUCCUGAUAAUUCAAGUUUGAGAAAUGUUUUGCAUUUGUACAUUCUUUUUUUUUGGGGGGGGGGGGGUAAAAAACAUACCUGUGGAGUACAUGGGCAUAUACUUACUGCAAUUAACUUUCUCUUUUUAAAAAGCUCAUAACUUUAUGCAGUCAAGUGCUGUGUUUACUUUUAAUGCUAUAAUAAUUAAACUUCUGAACUGGUCAAAUUCAUGUUGACCAGAAGUGAAUGGGAUUUUUAAAAAAUCAUUGUAUUUUAAACUUUUGAAUUGUGGAUAGACCAGCUCCUAAUGGUAGCCAACGCCAUGUACUAUACCGAGUAAAUUUCUAGAUGGACAAAUACAAUGAGUUGAGAUUCUAACAAUCACUCCUUGCUACUGAAUUUCUAUAUGACGCACUAAGUUGGAAGACUAAUAACACACCACUCCCCAUUUAUUCCAAAAGCAAUUUUCCAUUGGAAACAAAAAGCAAUCAACAGUAAUUCUGAUUUACAUAGGUGUAGUUUAAAACCAGUUCUCUUCCUCCAGAAUCCCAUGGGAGAUAGUUAAACAAGUGGAAGUGGCAAAGGCUUGCUGCCUGCCUUUGCUUCAAAAGAAGAAACAAAUCUUUGGCAUAGGUAUCAGAUCAUCCUACUAUGUUGUUUGAUGUGAUAACACCAUCUUUCACCACAGUGGAAAGUGGUGAAAGUUUGUGCUAACUUUUGAUAUUUGCUCUUGUACAAUUUUCUGCAGCAUCUACAUUUUCUGCAUUUGUUACAGCACAAUUUGCAACUUGAUUACUGCAAUUUUGCACUGUCAUGCAGGUAAUUUAAAUGCUUUUUUAUAAUCAGAACUUGUGUAUUGUGGUUCAAUGUAACCUUUAACUUUGCAGUGCUGUUUAUUAAAAUGUUUUGUUUUUAA